AAAUUUCAAUAAAACGGAAGGGCGCGAAGUCUAAAAUUGUUUGAAAAAAAUGGCUGAUGAAAGUUUGCAUACUGUGCCGUUGGAGCACAACAUUGACUAUCAUAUUGUGACCUUGUUCGAGCGUCUGGAGGCGAUGCGUAAAGAUAACCAUGGUGGGGGUCAUGGGGUUAACAAUCGUCUGUCCAGCACCCUGCAGGCCCCCAAGCGGAGUAUGCAGGCCGAGAUUCGCACGCUGGAGUUUUGGAGAUCCAUCAUCAGCGAGUGCAUGGCCUCGUUCCUCUACGUGUUCAUCGUUUGCGGUGCCGCCGCGGGUGCCGGCGUGGGUGCCAGUGUGUCCUCCGUGCUCCUGGCCACGGCCCUGGCCUCCGGGUUCGCAGUGGCCACGCUGACACAGUGCUUCCUUCACAUCUCGGGUGCCCACAUUAACCCCGCCAUUACUUUGGCCUGCAUGGUGGUACGCUCUAUAUCUCCGAUCAGGGCAGCCAUGUAUAUGACCGCCCAAUGUGGCGGAGGAAUCGCAGGAGCCGCUCUACUCUAUGGAGUUACUGUCCCUGGAUAUCCAGGCAACCUUCAGGCGGCCAUCUCCAAUACUGCACCAGUAGGUUCCUGGGAGAGAUUUGGUGUGGAAUUCAUUCUCACCUUCCUGGUCGGGCUCUGCUACUUCGUAUCGACGGAUCCCAUGAAGAGGUUCAUGGGCAAUUCGGCCGUUUCCAUUGGAGCUGCCUACAGCGCCUGUAGCUUUGUUUCGAUGCCCUACUUGAAUCCGGCCCGCUCCCUGGGUCCCUCGUUUGUGCUGAACAGAUGGGACAACCACUGGGUUUACUGGUUCGGACCCCUGGUGGGCGGCAUUGCCUCCGGCCUGGUGUACGAGUACAUCUUCAACUCCCGCCGCAGCUUCCGCCCAACCAAGGGCAGCAUCGAUAACGACUCCAGCUCCAUUCACUCCGAGGACGAGCUGAACUAUGACAUGGAAAUCGAGAAGCCCGGCAAGUACCAGCAGUCGCAGGGCACCUAUCCCCGGGGGCAGUCCAACAGAGGUGGCGGCGGUGGACAAGUUCAGGCGAACGGCGAGCUUGCAGCUCCCAACAUGGGCCAGAUACCCGGCGUAGUGCAGGGGCAGGGCAACUACUGCCAGAACCUUUACACGGCGCCUCCACUCUCCUCGAAGUACGAGCAGCAGCAGGAGCCGCUGUACGGAGGCACCCGCUCCCUGUACUGCCGUUCGCCCACUCUGACCCGGAGUAAUCUGAACCGUUCGCAGUCCGUCUAUGCCAAGAGCAACACCGCGAUCAAUAGGGAUAUUGUGCCACGUCCUGGACCUCUGGUGCCGGCCCAGAGUCUCUACCCGAUGCGCACCCAGCAGCAGCAGCAACAGCAACAACAACAGCCGCAGCAACACCAGCAGGUGGCAUCCACCGGUCAAUCCUCACAUUUGCAGAACCAGAAUGUCCAGAAUCAGAUGGUGCAACGCAGCGAGAGUAUCUACGGAAUGCGUGGCUCGAUGCGUGGACAACAGCAGCCCCUGCAGCAGCCUCAGCAGAUGCAGCAGCAACCGCCACCGAUGCAGCAGCAACAAAUGCAGCCACCGCCGCAAAUGAUGCCCGAUCCCCAGCAGCAGCAACAGACAACAGCAACACAGCAACAGCAGCAGCAACAGCAGCCACAAGGCUUCCAGCCAGUCUACGGCACCCGUACGAAUCCCACGCCCAUGGACGGAAAUCAAAAGUUUGAGCGACGCGACCAGCAGCAACUGUACGGCAUGACGGGUCCACGGAAUCGCGGACAGUCGGCUCAGUCGGACGACAGCUCGUACGGCUCGUAUCAUGGAUCGGCGGUUACGCCGCCGGCACGUCAUCCAAGCGUGGAGCCAUCGCCACCUCCACCGCCGAUGCUGAUGUAUGCACCGCCCCCGCAGCCAAAUGCUGCCCACCCGCAACCCAUUCGCACCCAGUCGGAGAGGAAGGUGAGCGCGCCCGUUGUGGUGUCGCAGCCGGGAGCCUGUGCCGUCACUUACACAACUUCGCAAGGUCCCCCAGUGCCCACCCAACAGCAGCAGCAACAGCAACAGCAGCAACAACAACAGCAGCAACAACAACAGCAGCAGCAGCAACAACAGCAACAAAUGAUGAUGCAACAGCAACACUAUGGAAUGUUGCCUCUACGGCCCAACUGAAAGCGACUGUCGUGGGGUCCAGUGACUACGCCGCCGCCGCAAGCGAUGCAUUCGCUUACUCUACACGCCGCUGGCACCAUGACCCUGCACCGCUGCAGCCUAGCCAAGCAGAGCAGUUUGUUUUAGUCGUAAUCCAAAGGAAACGCACGAAAGUCUCAGCCCUUAGUCUAGCCUAAUCUUAGUUAAGAUAGAUGUACGAUACUAUAUGGAUCAGCCAAUAGCCACAUUGUAUUAUUCAGACGCCAACAUGACAAGGAGGAACUCAUCAUACCUAGCAGCAGACGACGAUGCGAUGGAGACAGGCAAAGGUACAGGCUUCUUUCGGUUUAGAAAGAUGCUUCGAAACUAGCCCAAGGCCUAAUAGACUAGAUUAUUCCUACAAUAUACAAUAGCUUAAUGGCGAUUUAGACUGAACGUAGGUCCAUAGUCUCAAGAUAUAGGGGAAAAAUCUUAAACAUACUUACUGAAAUACUUUAUUUCAUCUCGUUUUUUAUUUAAAAAGCAAAAGCUUCCAUUGAUUGUUCGUUUCUGUAUCUUCCAAUUGAAAACACCUUCAUUGAAAUCUUUAUUUGAGUAUUAUUGUUUAUUAAAAAGUUAUUUUUCAUUGUACAAUUAACUUUUUAACUUGGUUGAAAUGUCCUUUUUUUUAUCUUCCAACUAUGGCCUGUUUUUGUUUCGUGAUUUUGAAAGGCCAAACUUUAAACUCUUAUGAUUUGUAUAUAAACUAGAUAUAGUCUUAAGGUUGCACAUAUUUAAGCUAUUUCUGUAAACCUAAGGCCCAUACGCUCACAAGUCGAUAUCAUCUUAUGGAUAAGGUCUUAUCAAUGUAUUAUAAAAAUAUAUUAACGCUUGGUAAUAGGAAAGCCUAAGAGAAUAACGUAAAUGUAUGCUGUAACGAAAUAAAGAAAUGUUCACUCAUAUAUCAAUGUAUCUUAUGAACAAA